UCUAUCAAAAUCAAACUUAUUUGUUCACCCACGCAAAAUUUCUUAAUUCUUAUACUACAAAUAAUACUUUCUAUAACAAUUGAGAAAUAACAAAAUUAUUUGCGUAUAAUGAAACCUUAUCCAAGACUAUCAAUUAUCGUAAAUUUGGAAUCAUUAUAUUAUUAUACCUGGCUAUUUUAUAACCAUUCAUACUACACCCACACCCUCCCAUGCACGUGCCACUUUUAAGCCCACAUAUUUUAGUCGCAUCUUAGAACUUAAGAAGAUAACAUAACAUAACCAUCCAUGCAAUAACCUCCCAAAAAAAAAAAAAAAAAAACCUCCCAAAAUUACGAGAAUAACAAAAAUAAAAACUGAAAAUUUAUUGAAUUAUGGGGUGUGCAACGUCUAAGAAAGUUGAUGCAACGACGCCGUAUAUCUACCGUCCACCACCAUCAAGUUUCGCCGUCUUCGACAUAAACUCCAUAGAAGAGCCAUGGCUGAAGCUAGAUAAUAACAAUGGUGAAAAACUAGAAGAUAAUAAUGAUCAUGCAAAAAACCCUUCACACGUGCCAACUCCCUUGCUUGAGAAGCUUGACACGCUUGAGAAGGAGGAUUCUAAUGGGCCUCGUACGUGGGAGGAAGUCAGCAAGGCCUUAGGAGACUUCAAGAACAAGCCCACUCCCGGCCCGAAGCAGCCCAGCCCAGUACACGACCAGCCCAUGAAGAAGAACUUCUCCUUCCACACACUUGCGGAGUUGGAAAAGGAUAAAAAAAAAGGUGAGUUGACUCGGAGCGAGUCGUGUGGUGAUGAUAAGAACGAAGCUAAGAAUCAGCUUGGUAGGCUUAGGAAGACUGAGUCAACUCGGGACGAGUUGCCGAGUCCGAGUGUUGAGUCGGGCCGGGUGAGCGGGUCGUCGUUGAAGGCGAACCCGUUUAUAGUGAAGGAUAGGUUGGAAAAGGAGAAGGAAGGGAAGGAGGCAGUUUUUGAUAGGAUAAUGAAGAGUAAAAGGGACCCACUUAGUGAGUUUCCCGAGGUUUGUCCACCUAGUGGGGCCAACUUGGUUGUUUUGUAUACUACUUCUUUGGGAGGGGUAAGGAGGACUUUUGAGGAGUGUAACCGAGUUAGGGCGAUUCUAGAGAAUCACCGAGUUGUAUUUGAUGAACGGGACGUGUCGUUACACGGCCCGUUCUUAAGCGAGUUGAAGGAGUUGGUGGUGGAUAAAGGCGGGGCGGGUGUACCCGUCCCGAGGUUGUUUGUGAAAGGAAGGUAUUUGGGAGGGGGUGAAGAGGUGGUGGAGUUAAAUGAGUCGGGUCGACUCGGGAGGAUACUGAGUUCGGCACGAGUUGAGAGAGGGCUUGGUUGGCAAGGGUGUGAAGGGUGUGGUGGGGCUAGGUUUAUGCCUUGUUUGGAAUGUGGAGGGAGUUGCAAGUUGGUGGUCCAAGGUGAGAAGGAAAGAUGUCCCAAGUGUAAUGAGAAUGGGUUGGUUCAUUGUCCUCUAUGCCACUAGGAUUGUCAAAUGAAGGUUUAAGGGGAAAACAUUUUGAUGACAAUGAGAUAUACCAAUCUUUGUGAUUAUAGUUGUAACAUGGGAAUGAUCAAUUGUAAACUCUCUCUACAUUGAACUAUCAUCAUGAUUGUUUUGUAAAGAAUAGUUAAAUCGUAUGGAUAAUUUUGGAUUGUCUCUUGGUCAAUUUGUAUACUUUACCAUCAUAGUUAUAGGUCUCAAUAAAAUUAUUAGCUCUUCUAAAUAA